AUGAAUAGAGAAACAAUUGUGGUGUUUGCGCUAGGAAUGAUUUUUUAUCACGGAGUGUAUAGUGCGGCAAAUGAAAAAGGCCUGAAAAUAGCCAGUGUAUGUGCACUCAUACUAUUUUUUCACAAGGCAGUUUUCAAUAUACACAUGCAGGAGCUCCUUCGAAAAAUGGCAAACAGCAAGGGCCCUGCAUUAAGCGGUGCACUUCUUUUUAUUUUCACUCUUGCCAUAAUAGAAUCAGUUAUUAUGUACAUGAUACAUCCGUUCCUGCCAGGAACCUUAGUAUAUUUACUAGAGCGGCUUGGAGGAGUUAUAAUUCUUGCCUCUCUUCUAUUUAUCUUCUCCUCCAUAUGGAUCCUUUCCAAAAACGAUAUUGCAGAAUGCGUAUAUAUUGACCAGGGCAUAUAUGCGUAUAUAAGGCAUCCCUACUAUCUGGGUCUAUUUCUGCUGUACGUUGGAAUAUGCUUGACUCUUGGGAACAUAUGCAGCAUAGUUGUCUCAGUAUUUGCGCUAAAAGACAGAGUGAUUGAGUAUAUUAAUGAGGAAGAGGCUCUGCUGAUUGAGAAACACAAAAGCUACACCAAAUACAGAGAAAGAGUAUACAGCGGAAUGCCAAACAUUCUGGUAAAUCCAGCAAUCUCAACAGAGUCAUUCAUUUCCUCCUGCAUGCCAAGCAAAUAG